AUGGAGAUAGACGUCCCCCCUGACUCUACAAUCCAAGAUCUCAUACACUUUGUAGAACAAGACGGUACAGCGACUGAAUGCCUAGACCAGUUACCAGAAUCUACUGGAGUAUUUCAACUCUGGGUUGAUUCCGGCGACCCAAAAUCUUUUGUUAAACAACAAGUCAUAGAGCUCAAAGAUAAAGGAAAGAGAACUUGUGACAAAAAUAAGAGACAUAUAGCAGCUGACGAAUGCUAUAAAGUGGCGACUAUGGCAGGCAAUAACAAUACGCUUUUUGUAAUCUCGGAAAUAAAGCCUGAGGACGACGAACAAUGGCGCGAACAACUUGAAACAUCAGUUAUGGGUGGGGUGGAAUUCGAACGUGAGGAAAUCAAGCCAGAGGAACAAGCCCGUCUAGAUUUAUACAGCGUUCCCUCUAUACCUACCGAAGAGAUAAAGUUAGAGAAUAGCUCCCAGCCAGCUUUACACAACACUCCUACAUACGAAUCUACAUAA